AUGGCGGAGGCUCUUGGAGCUCUGUUAGAGGCAAGCUUGGAUCCGAGACGGAACAAGGAAGCCGAAAUUGCCCUACGUCAAGAAGAACAAAAGCCUGGUUUCUCGCUACAGCUCCUUCACAUCACGGCAUCCCCGUCCUCCCCGAACCACAUCCGCCUCGCUAGCGCACUUUGCUUCAAGAACUUCAUCAAGCGUAACUGGACGAACGAAGAUGGAAAUUACAAGCUCCCGGAGGAGGAGGUUACGACCAUCAAGCGCGAGUUGAUCAGCUUGAUGAUCUCUAUGCCCCCUGGUAUCCAAUCUCAACUGGGUGAUGCCGUCAGUGUGAUUGCCGAUAGUGAUUUCUGGGAGCGCUGGGACACCCUUGUGGAUGAUCUUGUCUCGAAGCUGUCGAACGACCCUACCACCAACAUUGGCGUGCUCCAGGUUGCACACUCCAUUUUCAAGCGGUGGCGCCCGCUCUUCCAAUCCAACGAUCUGUACGUGGAAAUCAACCACGUGCUGGAGAAGUUCGGCACUCCGUUCCUCGGUCUCUUGGAGAGCCUGGAUGCCUAUCUCGAGGAAAACAAGGGAAACAAGGAGAAUUUGGCCAAGGGCUUCACUCAAUUGAACCUGAUGAUUAAACUCUUCUAUGAUCUAUCCUGCCACGAUCUCCCUCCCAUGUUCGAGGACAAUAUCUCCGGAAUCGCCCAGAUGUUGCUCAAGUACCUCACUUAUGACAACCCACUUCUCUACACUGAUGACGAUACUGAGGCUGGUUUGCUCGAGUAUGUGCGCGCUGGAAUUUUCGAGGUGCUGACUUUGUACGUGCAAAAAUACUUGGAUGCAUUCGGUGGCCUUGUUGGGCAAUUUAUCCAGAGUUCGUGGAGUUUCUUGACCACCAUUGGUCAGGAGACCAAGUACGACUUACUGGUGAGCCGAGCUCUGCACUUCUUGACCUCUGUCGCCAGCAUGCCCGAGCAUGCCGCUUCUUUCCAGGCCGACGAAACUUUGGGUCAACUCAUUGAGAAGGUCAUUCUGCCCAACGUUAGUCUGCGCGAAUCGGACGAGGAACUGUUCGAGGAUGAGCCGAUUGAGUUCAUCCGACGAGACCUGGAAGGAUCCGAUAGUGAGACCAGGCGGCGGGCUGCUACUGACUUCCUCCGACGACUGGCGGAGAAAUUCGAGGAAGCAGUGACUAAGGUUACCCUCAAGUACACCGAGCACUACUUGGCUGAAUUUGCCAAGGACCCGGCCUCUAACUGGAAGUCUAAAGAUACGGCUACUUAUCUCUUCUCUGCGAUUGCCGCCAAGGGCGUUGCCACUUCGACACACGGUGUCACUGCUACCAACAAUCUUGUCAGCAUCACAGACUUCUUUUCGGAGAACCUUGCUUCGGAUCUGGUUACCGAUGCUGGUAUUCACCCCAUCCUCAAGGUCGAUGCUAUCAAGUAUCUCUACAACUUCCGUAGCAUCAUCACGAAAGAUCAGUGGCAAGGUGUCCUCCCCAUUCUGGUGAACCACCUUGCUUCUUCCAAUUAUGUUGUCUACACAUACGCCGCGAUUGCUCUUGAGCGGGUUCUUGUCUUGACCGAUGCUCAAGGACAACCCGUCAUUGCCCCAACUCAAAUCACUCCUCUGGCUAAGGAUCUGCUGGAACACAUUUUCAAGCUGAUCCAGAGCGACCCGGCCCCCCAGAAGGUGCAAGAGAACGAGUUCCUCAUGCGAUGCGUGAUGCGUGUGCUGGUUGUCAUCAAGGAGGGUGUGGUUCCUUUCGCGGACAUUGUUCUGGAGCGUCUGAUCACUAUCACUCAGAUCAUCGCCAGCAAUCCCAGCAAUCCUCGGUUCUACUACUUCCAUUUCGAAGCCAUGGGCGCUUUCAUCCGCUAUGCCGCUCCUGCCAACCCUGACAAGCUUGAGCAAGCUCUGUACACACCAUUUGCCGGCAUUUUGCAAGGUGAUGUGCAAGAAUUCAUGCCCUAUGUUUUCCAGCUGUUCGCGGCUCUUCUGGAGGCCAACUCCUCCGCAACUCUCCCUGGAUACUAUCAGGAACUCAUCGCACCCAUUCUGAUGCCCGUCAUGUGGGAGUCGCGUGGAAACACCCCUGCCCUUGUUCGUCUGCUGUCCUCCAUCAUCUCAAGAGGCUCCCAGUACAUCCUCGAGCACAACCAGCUUGAGCCUAUUCUGGGCAUUUUCCAAAAGUUGGUCUCGACUAAGGCUAAUGAGGGCUACGCCUUUGACCUUUUGGAAACGGUUGUGUCGAACUUCCCUCCCGCCGCAUUGGAGCCUUACUUCGUUAUGAUUAUGCAGAUUAUCAUGCAGCGUCUGCAGGGCUCUAAGACCGAGAACCUGUCCCUCCGCUUUGUCCGGUUCUAUCACUGCGUGACUGCCCAUGACGAUAAGGGAUACAACCCCGACUUCGUCAUGCAGGCGACGGAGAAGAUUCAAGAGAAGCUUUUCACUCAGAUUUAUCUCGGUGUCAUCAUCGAGGAAACCCAGAAGCUCGCGCGUCCUCUGGACCGCAAGACCGCCGUUAUUUCUUUUACGAAGACCCUUGCUAACUCUGAGGCCUUCGCAAACAAGUACGCCAAAGGUUGGGGCAUUACGUGCAACAGACUGCUUAGACUUCUCGAGCUGCCCCCCGCGGUCGCUCUCAAGGACGAUGUCGAUGUGGACGUCGAGGAGAUGUCAUUUGGCGUCGGCUUCACCCCUCUGAACACCAUCCGCCCUGUGGUCAAGGACCCGUGGCCCGAAACCGGCAACGAUUACAAGGCCUGGGUGGGUGCUUAUCUCAAGGAGGCGGACAAGCGCUACAACGGCCGUAUCUCGCAAUUUGCGCAAACGCGUCUGGACGACAAUGACAGGGCUUUGCUUGGAAGCUACAUUUCCUGA